AUGCCAUCGCGCAUUCAAAUUCAUCACGGAACCUCAACUUCUCCACGACAGGCCCCCAGUACCGUCAACGACGUGGUCAAUGCCCUUCAUCGCAAAUUGACCGCCAACCACUUCGACAUUCCCUCCUCCAACCCUCCGUCUCGGAGACCCUCUUUCUCCAUGGAUUCUAUACUCCACCCCAAGAAAGACAAGAAACACGAGGAUCCCAAAGAUCGGGACUCGCGAAAUCAGAAACGCCUGUCGCUGCCCGGCCGUCAUGCCACCAAAUCCAAGGACAGAGUGUCGGGUCAUUCUCCCCGAUUCGCGCCCAUUCACCCAGGUCGAUUUGAAAUGAUCAUUGAGUCGCCUCCUCUCGUACUAUACGGAACUCCGGCCACCUCCACCGGGGCAUUACUCUCUGGUCGGUUGAAGCUGCUCAUUGACGACCCGACCCGUGAGCUUCGUCUGGACAAAUUCGGUAUGGUGCUGCGGGCAACCAUCACGACCAAGAAGCCUGUUGCGAAAGACUGCAAAGACUGCACCGAGAGGAUCGACAACAUCAAGCAAUGGGUCUUUCUUUCCGAACCAAAGACUUUCUACGCCGACGACGACAACCAAUUCCCCUACUCCGUUCUGUUUCCUGGUCAUCUUCCUGCAUCCACACAUUCUUCGUUGGCCUCGAUCCAGUACUCCCUCGUGGCCACUGCAACUACUUCUCAUGGCGAGAACAUUGUCCUGACUCAUCCGCUCACCCUUCAGCGCGCCAUCCAGCCCGGUCCUGAGAAGUCCAGCAUCCGAAUUUUCCCGCCGACCAAUCUCACUGGCCGUGUUCAACUACCUCCCAUCGUGCACCCCAUUGGGGUCUUCCCCGUCACCAUGUCGAUGAGCGGCGUCGUGGAGAAAAGAGCCGAGAGCCAGGUCCGAUGGAGGUUGAGGAAGAUGGCUUGGCGGAUCGAAGAGCACUCCAAGGUCAUCUCGACCCCGUGUGCUAAGCAUGCUCACAAAGUCAGCGAGGGGAAAUCCAUUUUGCACUCCGAAACAAGAGUGCUGGGCAAUGACGAGCUGAAGAGCGGCUGGAAGACCGACUUCGACACCAUUGGAGGCGAAAUCACCAUGGAGUUCGAAGCGUCUCUCGCGACGAAAUCGAGCCACAGGGCCAGUUGCGAUGUCGAAUCUGCCACGGGCAUUGAAGUCAAGCACAACUUGGUGCUCGAGUUGAUCGUAGCCGAAGAAUUCUGCCCUAACAAGAACCCCUCGUUAGUCACUCCCACCGGUGCCGCGCGUGUGCUGAGAAUGCAGUUCGGCUUGAUCGUCACCGAACGUGCAGGGAUGGGCAUCAGCUGGGACGAAGAAAUGCCACCGGUCUACGAAGAUGUGCCGCCGAGCCCACCGGGCUACGGCAGCUCGGACCGAAACGAUGGAGCUUGGGGCGGUGCCGUCAUGGAAGACUACCAUGGGCCGGAACUCGAGUACGAAGACCUGGAAACUAUGCACAAUCAGAAUCCCCAUGGACCUCCAUCGCGACGUUCCAGCAACUCAGGUCUCCCUAUGCGGGAUCGACCUCACCAUUUGAUGAGAGAUAAUUCGAGCGGUGAGGGACCGUCGAGGAGAUUCAGUCCUGUCCGGAGGCACCUGACGGGUUUGACGAAUGACGAGCUGGGAGCAGAACCGCCUCAAUAUGCUCUGAGAGCGACGAACAUGUCUCGAGAUAGCCAGCCAAAUGCGCCGGUUGAAGACUAUGGUGAAGGGACUUCCUCCAGCGCGCAACGCGGAUGA